UAGGGCCUAUGCUUACUAUAUUUGCCACAAGCGUCUUAUUCUGAAAUGUUUUGCCGGAAGUGCUAGUCUUUUUCUUGCUGCCAUUGACACCGUCUGUGGUCUUGACGCAUGGAUGUAUAAUAAUAAUAACAAUAACCCUAAUAAGACAAGGGAAAGCCAGACGACGAGACAUCACAGACAGCAGCGGCGGGAAACGUCUCUUUGUGUUGAAAAGAUUUGACUGAAGCUCUACCAUGCCCGUGGCCUCCACCAGGACAGAGCCUGUGCCACAGGUGUUGGACGCGAUGAGCGACAGCACCACCAGCUCCACCACAGCCAAUGACCUGGACCUCAUCUACCUCAAAGGCAUCAUGGAAAGCCCUCUGGAGCAGGACGAGAGCCUGAAGGAGCCGCGUCCGUCGCCGGUGAGGGAGAACAACGUGGAGCUCCUGCAGGAGAUCCUCAGUGAGCUGGACCCCUUCACCCCUCACUCGGACACUGCAGCUGAGCUCAGCCACAUCCUCACACAGCCUCACUUCCAGUCUCUGCUGGAGACUCAUGACUCAGUGGCGUCCCAGGCAUGUGACAGCCCGCCCCCCAGCCCAUGUGAUUUUGUGGAUCACGAGCAGGACGACGGCCACACCCACAACCUGCACCCGCCACCUGACGCUAUCCGCAUGGUGGGCAUACGCAAAGUGGCGGGGGAGCACCUGGGUGUAACAUUCAAGGUGGAGGGUGGUGAGCUGAUUAUAGCCCGCAUCCUCCAUGGAGGGAUGAUCGACCAGCAAGGACUGCUGCACGUCGGAGAUAUCAUCAAAGAGGUGAAUGGCCGAGAGGUGGGCCAGGAUGCCAGGGUGCUGCAGGAGGAGCUGCAAGCAGCCAGUGGAAGUGUAGUUCUGAAGAUACUGCCCAGCUACCAUGAAGCCAUACAGGCAGGACAGGUGUUCUUUAAGUGUCACUAUGACUACGACCCGGCCAACGACAACCUGAUUCCCUGUAAGGAGGCAGGCUUGAGGUUCGAGACAGGAGACAUCCUGCAGAUAGUCAACCAGGAUGACGUCAACUGGUGGCAGGCCCGUCAUGUGGAGGGCGGCAGCGCGGGGCUGAUCCCCAGCCAGAUGCUGGAGGAGAAGAGGAAAGCGUUUGUCAAGAGAGAUGUGGAACUGGCGCCAGCAGGAAAUCUUUGUACUGGUGUUGGAGGGAAGAAGAAGAAGAAAAUGAUGUACGUGACCACCAAGAAUGCAGAGUUCGACAGACAUGAGAUAUUGCUCUAUGAGGAGGUGGCCAAGGUUCCGCCUUUCAAGAGGAAAACUCUGAUUCUGAUUGGUGCCCAGGGUGUGGGGCGGCGGAGACUGAAGAACAAGCUUCUACUGAGGGAUCCGCUACUCUUCGGCACCACCAUCCCAUACACCUCCAGAAAGCCCAAAAAGGAAGAUCGUGAGAGUCGGAUGUACGCCUUCACCAGCCGCAGCAAGAUGGAGGCCGACAUCAAGAACGGGCGCUAUCUUGAACACGGAGAGUACGACGGCAGCCUGUAUGGGAUCAAGAUGGACUCCAUUCAUGAGGUGGUGGAGGCAGGACGCGUCUGCAUACUGGACGCCAACCCUCAGUCUCUCAAAGUGCUGAGGACCUCGGAGUUCCUGCCCUACGUGGUGUUCCUUCAGUCUCCAGACUUUGAGGUGCUCAAGGCGAUGAACCACUCCGCUGUAGAGGCGGCGGUGGUUGCCAAAACACUGACGGAUGAAGAGCUGCAGAGGACGUGCGACGAGAGCACUAAAAUCCAGGCGGCCUUCGGCCACUACUUUGACCUCGGCAUCGUCAACGACAACCUGGACGAGACCUACCGCACCGUCAAGGCCGCCCUAGAAACGGUUUCUAAAAACCCCCAGUGGGUCCCGGUCACCUGGGUGUUCUAGACAGAGGCUGUAUGUGGAGGGCAGAGGAGGGAGGGAGGGAACAUAAGGAAGACAAACUGUGCCAAUAAUGGAAGUUCUUAUAGAGGUUUCCUAAAGUUUACACAGAGAUUACAUUUUGACCAUAGAAGUAGCUUAGCAUUAGAAAGCUAUCUCCUUGCUAAAGUUGCUACAUUACGGGAUAUUUUCUUGAAUAAGACGUCCAUUAUUUAAACAGGAUUAUGUCAGAUUUUACCAUAUCAAGGACUGUGUGUGUGUGUGUGUGUGUGUGUGUGCGUGCGUGUGUGUGUAUGGAUUUUAGAGCAGACUUUUGUAUGUUUUUAAAUGAUUUGUAUGGUGUUAUUACUGGAGAUGAUCAGCAGACUUCGUCAUCUUUUACAUUUCAUGAUCGCAGAGAUCGAUACUGAUGGUUAACCUUAAUCUCCCAAGCUAUGAGGGCUAGUAAAAUUUUUUAAAGAAAAAACAACAACAUAAUAGCAAAAACUGAUGUAUUGAUUUUUUUUUUUUCAGUUGAAAAUAAUGACAAACGCCCGUCAUGACUUACAACCGAACACACAGAUAUCUUAAAUAUGCUCAUUUGUUUGCCUGGCAGUCCAAAAAGUUCUUCAAUUUACAACAGCAUGAAAUGAAAAAAAGGUCAGCGAUUUUAUAUUAUUGUCAUGAAUACAUUUUUAUGACUUAUUAUUUAAAGUGGCAAUCAGUCCUGGUUGAUUUGGCGACACCCUGUUUACUGGUGCUAACAGCAAAUAUGGUUUAAUACUAGAGGUCCAUAAUAAUGAGUGGUUUAAUACUAAAGGUCUAGAAUACUGGAGGUUUAAUACUACAGGUCUAGAAUACUGGAGGUUUAAUACUAAAGGUCUAGAAUACUGGAGGUUUAAUACUAAAGGUCUAGAAUACUGGGGGUUUAAUACUACAGGUCUAGAAUACUGGAGGUUUAAUACUAAAGGUCUAGAAUACUGGAGGUUUAAUACUACAGGUCUAGAAUACUGGAGGUUUAAUACUAAAGGUCUAGAAUACUGGUGGUUUAAUACUACAGGUCUAGAAUACUGGAGGUUUAAUACUAAAGGUCUAGAGUACUGGAGGUUUAAUACUACAGGUCUAGAAUACUGGAGGUUUAAUACUACAUGUCUAGAAUACUGGAGGUUUAAUACUACAGGUCUAGAGUACUGGAGGUUUAAUACUACAGGUCUAGAAUACUGGAGGUUUAAUACUACAGGUCUAGAAUACUGGAGGUUUAAUACUAAAGGUCUAGAAUACUGGGGGUUUAAUACUAAAGGUCUAGAAUACUGGUGGUUUAAUACUACAGGUCUAGAAUACUGGAGGUUUUAAUACUAAAGGUCUAGAGUACUGGAGGUUUAAUACUACAGGUCUAGAAUACUGGAGGUUUAAUACUACAGGUCUAGAAUACUGGAGGUUUAAUACUACAGGUCUAGAGUACUGGAGGUUUAAUACUAAAGGUCUAGAGUACUGGAGGUUUAAUACUACAGGUCUAGAAUACUGGAGGUUUAAUACUAAAGGUCUAGAGUACUGGAGGUUUAAUACUACAGGUCUAGAAUACUGGAGGUUUAAUACUACAGGUCUAGAGUACUGGAGGUUUAAUACUACAGGUCUAGAAUACUGGAGGUUUAAUACUACAGGUCUAGAAUAACUUUGAAUGUUCUUCAUGUCAAAUUACUUUUUAUCAGAGAAUGUUAUAUUUGACAAAUUACUACCCUACAUCACCAAGUUUCUACGAUCAAAUAUUUAGCAAAGACACAGAUUAAUUCAGCUGGUGUGAGCAGGCCUUUAUAGGCAGAUGCUGCACCUCGUCGACAAUUUUUAUUAUUUGUAUUGGUGCUGGAGCAGUCAGCCAAUCACAUUUGGUGAUCAUGAGGCAAUCAAACAUGUAGAACAUGAAGAAAGAAAACUAUCAGAUGUGGAAGAGUUGAUGCUGUUAUGUAGAACCUUAGAACACAAUAUCAGUCAGAUAUAAUCAGUUCCCAUUAUAUACACACACACACACACAGAGAAAAACAUUGUACACAAGCUAUUUUUUGGAUUUCAUACUAUCAUUCCUAAUGUGCACUUUUUAUUUAUAACUCAAAUUGAAGCCUAUUGGUUGUUUUGAUGAAGUCAGUUGUUAAUAGUUUGUAGAUAGCAUGUAGAGACACAAUGAUAUGAGAUAUACUGAUUUAGAUGGUAUGAGAUUCCUGCCUAGUAUUUACAGGAUGUAACAGUUUAGUGAUAACUUUCAGAAUUCCAUCAGCAGAGACGUGUAUACAUGUGUAUAUAUAUAUAUAUAUAUAUAUAUAUAUACAGUUAAUGUACCUACGAGUGAACAACACAACAGAAAAAAGUGGCAGAAACCCUCCAAGACUGAAGCACUUCAAAACUUUCAAAA